AUGUUAGAUGAUUUUUUUGAUAUAAUGCGUGAUUUUAUAUCCAUAAUAUGCUUAUUAAUUUUAUUUAAACCAACUUUUAUCCUACCUAUUCAAGUUUUAAAUAAUCCACAAGAAUAUGAAAUAACAGCAUAUAGACUACAACAAUAUGAUAUUGGAAGUUACUCAACAGGAAGUAAAUCAUGGAAAUUUCAAUUUGAUGCUAUUCUUAAUAUUGAAAAUUUAUCACAAAAAUGCGGUGUAAUUUUAUGGAAAGAUUUUAUGAAAACUAAUUUUAAAAAUAUUAUAUCUCAAAGUAAUGGUGCAUUACUUAUUAUUAUUCCUCAAAAUAUUGAUAAAUUAUCUUCUGAUGAUAAAAAAUUAAUGGAAAAAUUUGAAAAUUUUUUUAGAAAUGUUUAUACUAAUUUAGCUAUUUUUUUUGUAGAAGAUUCUAAAAAUGUUCAACGAUUUAUAAAUAAAAUGCAAGAAGUAACUAUUAUUGAUAAUUCAUAUUUAGCACAACUAGUAAAUUUAAUAUUUAAUAAUGUUUAUCAAUUAUCAACUUUAAAUAAUUUGCCAAAUAAUCUUGCUAAAGAUUUUCAAAUGAAAAAUAUUCUAGGUGUUCUUUCAUCAGGAAAUGAAUUAAAUCCUAUAAUUUUAUUUGUUGCCUACUAUGAUUCACAUUCUAUAAUACCUGGUUUAUCUGUAUCUGCCAAUUCAAAUGGAAGUGGUGUUGCAACAUUGUUAGAAUUAUUAGUUAUAUUAAGCAAAUUUUACGAGUAUAAUAAAACUACACCACAAUAUAAUAUGAUGUUUGCUUUAACAGGUGGUGGAAAAUAUAAUUAUCAAGGGACUAGACAAUUAGUUGAUUAUCUGUAUGAAAAGAAAAAUGAAAAAAAUAUUGAAUUAGUUAUUUGUCUUGAUUCAUUAGCCAAGAAAAAUUCUAUAAAUGUACAUUUAUCUAAAAAUCCCUCAGAUAAAAGUGCUACUUUUAGAUUUGUUCAAAAUUUAAAAUUAUUUUCAAAUGGCGCUGAUGUUAAAACUGUUUCAAAAAAAAUUAACUUAAAUCAAUAUAAAUUAGCUUGGGAACAUGAAGUAUAUAAUAUUAGAAAAAUUCCUGCAAUAACAUUAUCUAAUAUUGAUACACACGAUUCCCCAGAGAGAGACUCUUUAUUUGAUACACAUUCAUCAUUAUCCAUUGGUAUUCUUUUAAAUAACAUAAAAAUAAUAUCUGAAACAGUAAUUUCAUAUGUUUUUAAUAUUCCAUAUGAAUCAUGCAAAAAAUCAAGAAGUGAAUGUUCAGUGUUAAAUAGUUCUAUCAUAUCAAAAGAAGGAGUAUCAACCUUUCUUGAUAUAGUAAAUUCACAUUCACGAGCACCACCACAACCUUUAGAUGAUUUAAUUAGUCAAUUACAAACAAUUGUUGAAAAGUACAGUAAACAAGAUGCUCUAAUUUCACAGUUUAUUCCUGUUGAUGUCAACCUUUAUUCAGUUUUGGAAGAUAAAAUAACAAUCUACUGUACAAAAUCAAUAGCUUUUGAUAUCGUUCUUGCAGUUAUAAUUUCACUUUAUUUAUUUACCUUAAAAUACCUUGUCAAAAAUCUUCAAAAAUCUUUAAUCAAUACAUUUCCUUAUUUCUCAGAACGCAGAUAA